AUGGCGGGUGGACAAGCUGAUCAAGGCCAAAUUGAUGCUCAGCUCAUUCAAGAAGUGGACUCACUGAAAAGAAAGCUUGAAGAUGAACGUAAUAAGCUUGCUGAUGAAGACUUGGUUACUGCCAGCCAACAUCUAGAUGCAGUUCCGUCCCUAAACAUCCGAAUCCGGCGGGUUCUGAAGGGACAUCAGGGAAAAGUAUUAAGUCUUGCAUGGUCUCUGGAUAAGAGACAUAUUGUGAGCUCCUCCCAGGAUGGGAAAAUUCUUGUUUGGGAUGGAUUUACUACAUCUAAAGAAUAUUCAAUAUCAAUGCCAACAACCUGGGUAAUGUCUUGUGCGUACAGUCCUUCUGGUAAUUUCGUCGCUUGUGGAGGUCUGGACAAUAAAUGUACUGUAUACCCACUAACUUCGGAUGAAGAUCCCAUUCUUAAGAAGAAACUUGUUGCGACCCACACCUCAUAUCUCUCGUCAUGUUUAUUCAACAUAUCGGAUCACCAGCUAUUAACAGGAAGUGGGGACAGUACUUGUGUGUUAUGGGAUGUGGAAUAUGCACAAAUAAUCCAGAGUUUCUACGGCCAUUCCGCUGAUGUGUUGAGUAUUGCGCUAUCGCCAUCAGAAUUCGGAAGAACUUUCGUUUCAGGGAGUUGUGACAGGUGCGCUAAUGUGUGGGAUAUGCGUACAGGGCAAUGUGUUCAGGUGUUCCAGGGGCAUGAAUCUGAUGUCAAUAGUGUCCGGUUCUUCCCUAGUGGAGACGCUUUCGCAACAGGUUCAGAUGACGCUACUAUCCGCUUAUUUGACCUACGUGCUGAUCGUGAAGUUUGCGUAUAUAAGAAAGACAGUGUCAUUUUUGCGUGCAAUGCAGUAGAUUUCUCUCUAAGUGGUCGCUUGCUCUUUGGUGGAUACAGCGAUCAUGCUAUGAACAUAUGGGAUGUACUAAAAGGUCAGCGUAUUAGCAUUCUUUAUUGUCAUGAAAACCGAAUAUCUUCCUUACGCGUCAGCCCAGAUGGAACAGCCAUAUGCACCGGAAGUUGGGAUACAACCUUAAGAAUUUGGGCUUAA